UCUCUUAAUCCCCCAAAUCUCUCCAAAGUAUCAAAUACUAUCCCACAUAUUCCCCACCUUUACAAAAUCCCCUCAAACACUAAUUACCAUUAUAACUGCUCCCACCCUCCAACUGCCGCAACCACCUUCCUCCGCCCAUGGACUCCUUCGCCUCCACCUCGUCCCCGCCAGACCACCCACCUGACUCCCCGUUUGAGGUGACCCAAGUCACCCAACCGGUGGUGGACCGGAUACUCAGGGCACUCGGCCACCCCCUCCGCCUCCUCCACCGGUCGGAAUCCGACUUCUUCGUGAUGGGCGCCACGGGAAACGUCUACACCGUGACCUUGUCCACCACCCCCUCUUGCUCCUGCCCCGACCGUACGACCCCGUGCAAGCACAUACUCUUCGUGUUCAUCCGCGUCUUGGGCCUCCCUCUCGACGACGCGUGUCUCAGACGACGGACCCUCCGCCCGUGCCAGCUCAACCGCCUGCUCACCACCCCCACGACUGCCGAAACCCUAGCUGGUGACGGCGUUCGCGAGGUGUUUCACCGGUUGUACUUCCAGCGAGCAAGAGAGGUGGCGGUGAGGAGAGAGGAAGUGGAGAGAGAAGAAGGAGCGACGUGUCCGGUAUGUCUGGACGAGAUGGGUAGGGGGGAGAAGGUGGUGGCGUGCGGGACGUGCCGGAAUCCAAUCCACGAGGAGUGUUUGUUGAGGUGGAAGAGGACUACGAGGAGGAGGACGGCGUCGUGUGUGAUCUGCAGGGCAAGGUGGAGGAAUAUUGCAAAUCAGGAGACUUAUUUGAACCUCUCGGCUUAUGUUAGCAGCGACGAUGACAUGGCUGACCAAGGAAGAAAUAGUAGUAGUCUUUGUGGUGGUUGAGUUGUAAGUUAUGGGAUAGUUCAUUUGUAAAAACACAUGCAUAAUAAGAUGUAGAAUUUCAGAUUUGAGAAGACAUCGAUUAGGGUUCAACAAUUUUCUUUUAAAUGAAGGUAGCUAGGAAGUGUGUUAAGCUGUAUAAUUUCAUCUAUUUUUCUCUUCUCG